CAGAAAACGGGGGUAGAGAGCAUCCGGGAAACCCACCAGAUGCCACCAAGCCCAGUUGACAACAAGAGUGUACUACUGUAAGCUGUAGUGUGUAUCUGCUCGACCUCACAUACGACCACACCAGAAUAUCUUCCAAAAUGUCGAGGUUUGCCUUCCGAGGGAUGAUGGCGCCCACAUUCACGCCCUUCAAAAAAAAUGGAUCCUUAAACCUGGAGGUCAUCCCAGCUUACGCCAAGUGUCUGCAGGAGGGAGGAGUGAAAGGUAUCUGGGUGAACGGGACAGUAGGUGAAGGAAUGUCCAUGACAGUAGAAGAGAGAAAGUCCCUGACGGAGGCCUGGGUCAAGUGCCGACGGGAAGUGUCCACCAUGAUCAUCCACUGCGGCGCUGGCUGCCUCAUGGACACCCAGGAGCUGGCUCGUCACGCUGAGAGUCAGGGUGUGGACGGGGUAGCUGUACUUCCCUGCCUAUACGACAAACCGACCACAACAGAGGACUUGGUGGAGUAUAUGGUAGAGGUGGCCAAGGCUUGCCCCAAUACCCACCUCUUCUACUACCACAUACCCAUGAAGACAAACGUCAAUUUGUCCAUGAGUGAGUUCCUGAAGAAGGGGUUUAAGAAGGUGCCCACACUGGCCGGUAUCAAAUUCACCGACAUGGACGUGAGUGGUGAGGGAAGGAAGUGUGUGGAGGUGGACAGUGGCUCCCUCACCAUCUUCAGCGGCUUCGAUAAGACUCUUCAAGAGGCUCUCAGCGUGGGCUUUUCCUGCGCUGUCAACGGAGGCUUCAGCUUCUUACCUCAGUUCGGGAGUCAGAUCUUCUCCCUAAUGGAAGCUGGGAACGUCUCAGAAGCCAAAAGGAUGCAAGAGGUCCUCUCCAGCCACUUUGAUGUCAUCUUCAAGGAAACUGGCAAAGAAUACACUGUGGCAAGCCUGAAGACGGCCACCAGUCUCCUUACCGGUGUGGAGAUGGGCCCCGUCCGCUUCCCUGUCAAGGCGCUGAGUGACCAGAAGAUCGACAACCUCAAGAACGCCUUCAAGAACCUCGGUCUUAAGGUCUACUAAGGCUUACGUCAAUAGGCUACGACCUCCAGGGGCUUUGCUAAUUCGGUGACCCCCAGUGCUGAAGGCAUAAUCUCAGUGCUUAAAUUGGUGACCUCAGCACUAAGUCGGUGACCCCAGCAUUAAGUCGGUGACCCCAGCACUAAGUCGGUGACCUCAGCACUAAGUCGGUGACCCCGGCACUAAGUCGGUGACCCCAGCAUUAAGUCGGUGACCCCAGCACUAAGUCGGUGACCUCAGCACUAAGACAGCACCCUCACAUCCUUUACAACUAUGUAAUUAUUAAUGUCUAUAAACAAUACAAAAUAAAUUACCUAAUAAAAUAAUAAAAA